UAACGUCUUGAAAGUGUGGACCUUUCCUUUCGUCUGAGUUUCCGAGUUUACUCUGGUCUGAAAGUAAAGACCUUCCAGAAGAGCUAAUAAAAAUCCAGACUUUUUUGUUGUGACUUAAUAUACUUUCUCACCAAACCCAUCUCUCCAUUGACACUUUUGUUGACCUAACUCUUCCUCCGCAUUGCUCGAUUUCGUCGUCCUCCAAACAAAAAGCUCCUCACUUUAUGGCUCUGAGGUGUUUACCCAUCUGGGUUUGUCCCCAAACGCCUCACCGUUACCCUCUGGUGGGUCGUCGUGUCUCCCUCUGGGAAUGCUCCUCCUCCCCCUCUGCUGCUUCCCAGAGAGCCGUCACUGCCGUUGAAGGCAACGGCCCUGAGCUUAAGAAGGCCUCUGAUGAAAUGGGUCUGGUUCAGGAGGCGAAGCCUGUUGCUUUUCAUAGAGACUUGAGCAUGCUUCCUAAACCGCUAUCUGCAAACAGUCUCUACUCUUCUGCUGGAGAUGAUUCAAAAGUGCGAAUAUCUUUUCAGGGCAUCCCAGGUGCAUAUAGCGAGACAGCAGCACUAGAAGCAUAUCCAAAUUGUGAAACUGUGCCUUGUGAACACUUUGAAACUGCGUUCCAGGCUGCUGAGCUUUGGUUGGUGGAUAAAGCAGUACUACCGAUUGAGAACUCAGUAGGUGGUAGUAUCCACCGUAACUAUGAUCUGCUCCUUCGUCAUAGGCUUCACAUUGUCCAAGAAGUCCAUCUGCCUGUGAAUCAUUGUCUCUUAGGAGUGCCUGGUGUCAAUAAGGAAGAGAUUAAACGCGUUCUAAGCCAUCCUCAGGCGCUUGAUCAAUGUGUGAAUUCACUUAACGAUUUAGGCAUACAGAGACUCUCUGCAAAAGACACUGCUACUGCUGCUCAGACUGUUGCUUCAAGUGGCAAGAAGGAUGUAGGAGCAAUUGCGAGUGUACGAGCUGCAAAUAUAUAUGGUCUUGAUAUUCUUGCCGAGAACAUACAAGAUGAUGCUAACAAUGUGACUCGUUUUCUGAUACUUUCGAGAGAGCCUAUGAUUCCAAGAACAGAUCGACCAUAUAAGACAAGUAUUGUGUUCUCGCUGGAAGAAGGUCCUGGUGUGCUGUUCAAGGCCUUGGCUGUUUUUGCAUUAAGAAGCAUUAACUUAUCAAAGAUAGAAAGUCGUCCGCAAAGAAGAAGACCGCUAAGAGUAGUUGAUGGUUCUAACAAUGGAAGCGCCAAGUCCUUUGAUUACUUAUUCUACAUUGAUUUUGAAGCUUCCAUGGCUGAAAUUCGUGCUCAGCAUGCCCUUGGCCAUCUACAGGAGUUCACGAGUUUCAUCCGUGUACUCGGGUGUUAUCCCAUGGAUUUAGUCAGAUAGCCGAGACUUGCAUGCGGCCAUACUGUGCAGAAACAUGUGAAUAUAAACAAACAGAAGAACCAGUUUUAUGGCUUUGGUCAUACCUGCAAGACCCUUUCUUUCACCAUUCUCUUAUCUUCGAAGCUUAGCUUCAAACUCAUUUAUUGCUGAGACAAACAGUUAAUCUGUAGCUUAUUGUUAAGAACGUGGUUUUGUACAUUAAAUUUUUAAGUUCAGUGAAAUACUUUUGACAUU